AUGUGUCCAGGAGACAAGGGGGUAGGAUCGAAGGCAAGGGAUGCGGACGGGUGUAAGCUUUGGUACUCUAGAAUCCGGAAGGGUAAGAAUGCAGUAGGUAUUCUAGUGGAUAGGGAUCUUAGAGAGUUUGUGAUUGAGGUUUGGCGGGUGAAUGAUAGAUUAAUGACUAUUAAGUUGUCGUUAGCGUCUAUGCGCCGCAUGCGAGCAUGGAUGAGGAGGUUAAAAAGUAGCUAUAGCGAGGUGCAUGGCGGCUUUGGAUUUGGGGAUAGUAACGGAGGAGGUACUUCGCUGUUGGAUUUCGCUAAGGCUUUUGAGUUGGUGAUUGCGAACUCUAGUUUUCUGAAGAGGGAGGAGCACUUGGUUAUUUUUCGAAGUGCGAUGGAAAAAAUCUCGGAUUGA